GCUAUUAAAUGUACUAUGAAUGUCUACCCAUACUUUUUCGAAACUGAAACAGAAUCUGAAGAUACAUUGUGGAUGAAACAGACAGGCACCAAGAACAUGGCAGCAGUAUAGAGGCCUUAAGUUUUGUGUUGUACAAAGGAAACUACUAAAGUUCCUGUGGAAUUGAAGUAGAAUUUCAUAAGAGCAUAAUGGAUGGAGAAGAGAAAACCUAUGGUGGCUGUGAAGGCCCUGAUGCAAUGUAUGUCAAAUUAAUAUCUUCUGAUGGUCACGAAUUUAUUGUGAAAAGAGAACAUGCACUAACAUCGGGAACAAUAAAAGCCAUGUUGAGUGGGCCAGGUCAGUUUGCGGAGAAUGAAACCAAUGAGGUCAAUUUUAGAGAGAUCCCUUCACAUGUGCUAUCAAAAGUAUGCAUGUAUUUUACCUACAAGGUUCGCUACACUAACAGCUCUACCGAGAUUCCUGAAUUCCCAAUUGCACCUGAAAUUGCACUGGAACUGCUGAUGGCUGCCAACUUCCUAGAUUGUUAAAUAAAAUAAAUUAUAAUAAACUGUUAAUUUUUUCAGUAUUUAAUACCUGUAGUUCAGUUAGAAUUUUUUUCAUAUAUAGCAUGUUGCCUGUGAGCAAUUGAACUAUAAGUUAAUUGCAAAGCAGAUUACCUUCUGUUCUUUUGCAUAGCAAUCAGAGCUGAAAUUUGUUUGCUAUAUCAACAAAUUAAGGACGCUUUCACAAACUGAGAAAUAAACAAAUAUGCCAAUUAGUAGGUGGUUUUUCUUUAUCCUUUGGAUAUGACUUAAAAUUAUCACAGUGAUAUAGAAAAUGCUGAAAUGUAAGCAUAAAUGAACAAGUUCUACAGGUAAAUACUGGGCUAAGUAUUUUUUAUGUUUUUAGUGUUUUUUUAAAAAACCAGUUCUGAUCUUAUAGCCACUGAUAGCAUUACUAGAGUUAUGCAAAUAAUUAUGUGGAAAAUCAUGUUUAUAACAGCCAAAUCAUUGAUUUUUUUAUAACUCAAAGGAUAAGAGUUGAAAUUUCUUAUGUGUUUUUUGAUAAACUACAGUAUUGUUUAAGUGUAUCUUGUGUUGUUAAUUGCUACAAUUUAAAGUACUUCAUUCAAAAGCAAUUUUGGAAGAUUCCCAGGUACAACUUUUCAAAUAGUAACUGUUUGAACUGUAGCCACAUGGUCAACAAGUAAAUGAUACAACUUAAGAUUUCCUGUGCAUUGUGCGUUUUGGGCGGUCCAAAGUCCUGCUUGUGUUGGCUGUAAAGCUUCCUUUGCAGUUUUCAUUCUCACCUUCAUAGCCUCUGGGGAUUAUACUUCCACCUGUUUAAAUGUGUUUAAAACACUUCAUAAGUUUUAUCUACAUCAUAAAAGCUACUUUUCUGAACUAUUCCAGUCUUCCUCCAUCAAAUUGGAAUGUUAUAAAAUAUGAACAAUGUGGAGAGAUGCAGUGAACAUCAUAUAGUGCACUUAGAUGUAGUUACCAGAGUUAUCUCCUAUUACUGUAUUCCAAUAAACCAAUACUAUAAUCAGUGGGUCCUUGAAAUCAGAUUUAUCAGGAAGGCAUCAGUUUUAUAUUAACCAGACAAAAACAUUUUUACAGCAUGUCUGGCUUAGUAUGGGAAAAGAAGCCCUGAGUUAGUUUUAGUACUGUAUCUUAGAACAAGAAUUAAGUUUUUCUGGAAACUAAAGAAAUAAUAAAAGUAAUUUCCUUAUGUACUUCCAGCACAUGGAACUUGGUUAAAUGUAAAUUGUAUAUUUUUAGUAACUUAAGACGUAGUGGCACAUGCUCUAGAAAAUUCUGUAAUGAGUGCAGGAUUAUAAUUUGAAACUGGAGGCACAGCUCAGCUCAUUGGUGGCGCUUGCUCGGCGUCUGCACAGCCCUCCCGCCCUCUGGUCAGUCUCCAGCUACAACUACUACUGCUACCACUUACCACCGAAAUGAUGGGUUUCAAAAAGCAAUAACUAGAAAUCAAAUUUCAUCUUGACCAGUUUUGUAGGUUACUAAUGUGUUAGACCCAGAAGUGACUUUUAAGUUUAGAACAUUAAAAUUGCAACAUAGACUAGGCAAAUUUGUAUAUCUUGCAGCAUCUGAUAACUUUGUGUUAAUAAAGGCUGUGUUGACUGAAA